AGUCGCACAGUAGUGGCUUUUCCGAGAGGGGGCGUCUCUGCUAAAGAGGUGCGGCGUACCCUUCUGCUCAGAAGUCACUUCAAGUGGUCAUCUCGCGCAGUGGGACUUGGGUGCAUUGUCCAGAAGAUGUCUUGUUGUCGAUGAUGCUGUUGAGGAUCUUGAAAAAAUGAAUUACACCAAUUAUUUACUAUGUCACAUUACGGAACGCCCUACAUUCCUUCAGUAUAUUAAUGCUACACCCAAACUGUCAAAUAAAACUACAAUGGCCCCACUUUUUUCAUUAUUAGAAGUGCUUCCUUUUGAGUGUGUACUAGAG